GGGUGGGGGGGUUUGAUUCUGACCAGUCAUUGCUCAAGUCAGUCAGUUCCUGUGCUGGGUCGGGUCUGGUUCAGAGAGGAUCAUCAUCGAGGGAAAGGAAGGGAAAGGGGGUUUGCUUCGACUGACCUGCACGACAAGCUGCAACCAUGAAUGGCACAGAAGGAGAGAACUUCUAUGUGCCCAUGUCCAAUAAGACGGGCAUAGUCAGGAGCCCAUUCGAGUACCCGCAGUACUACCUGGCUGAUCCUUGGAAAUUCUCAGUGCUGGCAGCCUACAUGUUCUUCCUCAUUAUAACAGGGUUCCCCGUCAAUUUCCUCACCCUGUAUGUCACCAUCCAGCACAAGAAACUUCGGCAACCCCUUAACUACAUCCUCCUCAACCUGGCAAUCUCUGAUCUCUUCAUGGUUUUUGGUGGAUUCACUACCACCAUCAUCACCUCAAUGAAUGGCUAUUUCAUCUUCGGACCGACCGGUUGUAACUUUGAAGGUUUCUUCGCCACACUUGGAGGUGAAGUCUCUCUCUGGUCACUUGUGGUUCUUGCAAUUGAACGAUAUGUGGUUGUCUGUAAGCCCAUGAGCAACUUCCGAUUUGGCAGUCAACAUGCCUUUAUGGGUGUAGCCUUCACGUGGAUCAUGGCAUUGGCUUGUGCCUUCCCCCCACUAGUCGGAUGGUCCAGAUACAUCCCUGAGGGAAUGCAGUGCUCAUGUGGGAUCGAUUACUAUACCCUGAAGCCUGAAGUGAACAAUGAAUCCUUUGUCAUCUACAUGUUCACCGUACAUUUUUCCAUCCCCCUGACUGUUAUCUUCUUUUGCUAUGGCCGCCUCGUCUGCACAGUCAAAGAGGCUGCAGCUCAGCAACAGGAAUCAGAAACUACCCAGAGAGCUGAGCGGGAGGUCACUCGAAUGGUCGUCAUCAUGGUGUUUGCUUUCCUCAUUUGUUGGUUGCCGUAUGCCUCUGUGGCGUUCUACAUCUUCACCAAUCAAGGCAGUGAAUUUGGGCCGGUCUUCAUGACCAUCCCAGCUUUCUUUGCCAAAAGCUCAGCUCUGUACAACCCUCUCAUUUACAUUCUGAUGAACAAACAGUUCCGUAACUGUAUGAUCACCACCCUCUGCUGUGGCAAGAAUCCAUUCGAAGAGGACGAGUCCGCCUCAGCUAGUGCCAGUAAGACUGAGGCUUCAUCAGUUUCGUCCAGUCAGGUCGCGCCUGCGUAACGCGCCAGCUUGUCCAACUCAAGCCAGGCCCAGGUUGGCAUGCGGUGUUGAAGCUGAAAUUUCCAAAAUAAAAAUCUGUCUCGUUGAGAUUCAAAGGACCGCGAUUUCCAAACAAGUCCAAGCGUUCUAAAAUAGUGGAACUUUUCAUCUGCAUGGUGAAGAUUUGAACAGAAUGAAUCCUUCCAUCUUGAGCUUUGUGACAAUAACAAGAGUGACAGUACGUCUCCCACACUGUCAGGUUAUCAGGGCAUCGUACACUCUAAAAUCCACCCGGCUGUCUAGUACCUCACCCGCACACCCCCCCCCAACCUUCCCCAAUUAUUUUUAAAGCUCAGACCCUUUCUAAAACAAGCCGUCCCUUUGGCGAUGCUCCAAUGUAAUUACCCUGUACAGGUCUGAUUUAGCUAAUGUAGUAUCAAUUCAAAUUAAUAAAGAGCACAUUGCAAAUAA